AGGUAGCAGAGAAGCAUCAGGGCAGGAACACGAAAGUGCUGGCUGUAUAUUGUCGGAUGAGGAGGAACGUGCCGAUGAAAUUCAAUCCUCUUCUAGCCUUUGUCCCAGUGACAUUGGUGGGGAUGUGGGUGGUCACUUGUGAUGAUGGACAAAGUGAAACCCCUGGAGAACGGACUGUGAGGCUCAGCGGUACCAGCUCCAAGUGUUCUGGGUUGUUGGAGAUUUAUCUCGCAGGCAAAUGGAAGAGCAUUUGUAGCACAGGUUGGACACAGCAGAAUGCAGACCUUGCCUGUAAACAGCUAGGCUGCGGUUUUCCCUUUGGACUGCUGCAACCGUUUGCCAAAGAACCGCAGAAGCAAGAGAUGCUCGUGUUGGGCUGCCAGGGAAAUGAGACAGCCCUGAAGGACUGCGCCCUGCAAGAAUCCAACUGCACUUCCCAUUUGGCCUUGGUUUGUCAAGAUCCCAUGGAAACCUCAACAGUAUCACAGCCAACAACAGCACCUUUCGUGACCUCCUUAAAACCCACUGUUGCUCCAAGGAUAAGGCUAGAAGAUGGGACCUCUUUAUGCUCUGGGACUACGGAGCUGAAGUUUGGAGGUCGCUGGGAAAUGGUUUGCCUGGCUUUGCAAAGCUGGUGGGAUGGGUUAGCACCCAGGGAUUGCCAAGGAGCAAAGUGUGAAGCUUCAGUAGGACUUAAGGACCUGGCGUGGAGGAAUCCGUUGCCUGCCCACUGGUCGACGGUGCAGUGUGAGCAAAGGAACCUUAGCUUGGGCUGUCUCGACAAGACACAAGGGUGCUUGAUAACCUUGGUUAAAUGUUCAGACCAAGUUUCCAAGCCCAGGGUGUCCAAUGCUGAGACCGUCUUGGGAAUCCUGCUGGGUCUUGUCCUCACAGCUGCCCUCCUGUUUUUCUGUGUUUCCCCAACCUAUAAAAAGCUGUUGAAGAAAUAUUCAAAAAACAGAGAGCACCAGUGGAUUGGCCCAAAUGGAAUGAAUCAAAAUGUUUCAUUCCAUCGCAGCAGUUCUGUCACGUUCCAGCUACGUCCUGAAAGCCAAGAGGUUCAGGAAGAAAAUGAGUAUCCAGCCCUGAAGAAAAACCUUUCUCUCUCACCCUAUGCAGCUCUGGAAGGGGCAAGCAACAGAUCCUCCAACCCCCCAGACAACUCUUCUGACAGUGAUUACGACUUAUGUUCUGCACAACGGCUGUAAAAUCGGAAAGAUACAGAUGGAAUCCAAUACAAGGGAAGGCUGGG